AUAAGUACUUUUCUUGUACAAAUGAACAAGCAAAUGAAUCUUAAACUGGUAAGCACCUUCUACAGCUUCUUUGGUGUUUUUGUGUUUGUUUUGUUUCUUGUAUUUUGCCAUCAAACACUGAGCACACAAGAGAUUUCAAACCAGCAGCUUCUUCAUUGUUUUCUCCAUCUUCUCCAGUUUUUCACCCCAAGAGACCUGAUCUCCUGGAGAUGGCACACCUCCCUCAUAGAUGCCAUGGCUACUCUCCUGGCAGGCAGCCGACCCUGUUGCCAUGGGAAGCCAAGCUGUCACUCGAGGCCAUCCCAUCUGAGACUGGUUCAGAACCAGCAACAGCAGCAGAGGAGACAGGAAUCCCAGCACAGCACCUCUGCAGUACUGGAUUCUGCGAGAUGGGAACGGAGUCUAAGCAGUCUUGCAACGGACAGACAAGAGGAGCCUCUCUGACAACCGGAAAACGACAACGACAAACGGGAAAAGAUGUUGCAGCUGUGUUAAAAAGAAUAAGUAUUCACCCAGAGGCCCAAAGGAUUCUGGGUGAUUCCUGCAUACCUGUAGUGAGCCUGGAGCGUCUCAACUUCCAGUCUGUGUUUUUGUCAGCGUCUCUGCAGCCUGUGGUGUCUCUGGUACGACUGCCAUGUCAAACACAAGCCAGGCUCCACAGUGACGCCCCCUGUUUGGAUCGUCCUCAGCAGAAUGGUUUCAGUGAGGCAAACACUGUGGAGGUAAGAGAAGCUUCACCGCCGUGUAAACCAGCAGGGCUGUCUGAUCUCAGUCAAUCAGAUUCAACAUCAACUUCCUGGACUGAACCGUACUGUCCUGACAGCUCCUCCUCUGAAGAACCAGAGCAGGACUCAGGCUUUGACUAUGAAUCUAAUCCAGAUCAGCCUUAUAUCUUGUUUGACUCUGGAUGUGAUGAAUGGGACCCGGAUGGGAAAACCGAUUCAGAAACAUUUUAUUUGGAUCCAGAUCCAGAGCAGACCGUGGUGAUCCAACUGGAUCCGGAGCCGGUGGCUGGUCAGGAUCGAUUCCUGGAGCUGGAGGAUGAAUGUGAAGUUAAAUGUGAAGUGGAUGUAGUUCAAGUGGACAACAGCGAGGAUCAAAAACCUGAUAUUUGCUGCUCACAGGAGGAGGCGGACUCAUCUAUCCGGCAGCCUGAACCUGGUGCAGGGACUGUGGAGAUGGAGAGCGAGGAUUUUUGUGCUGUGUGUCUGAACGGAGGAGAUCUGCUCUGCUGUGACCGCUGCCCUAAAGUUUACCACUUGGCCUGUCAUAUACCUUCUCUCAUCAGCUUCCCUCUAGGCGACUGGGUGUGUACGCUGUGCAGAACCGACCAGGAGCCUGUGGAGACCUACGACUGUGAGAACAUGAACUCCUGCGGAGGAGUCAAAGCUCCAUACACCCUGUCCAACCAGGACCAGAGGAGGUGUGAGAAGCUGACUCUGCUGUUGUACUGUCACACACUCAGUGCUCCGUUCCAUGAACCUGUCAGCCCCCUGGCCCGAAACUACUACCAGAUCAUCAAGAGGCCUAUCGACCUGUCAGUGAUCCGCAGGAAGCUGGACAGGAGCAACACUCUGCACUACUUCACUGCCGAGCAGUUUGUCGAUGACGUCCUGCUGAUGUUCAAGAACUGCGCUACAUUCAACUACCCAGACUCAGAGGUGGCCCAGGCCGGUCGAAACCUCGAGGUGUAUUUCUCGAGCAAACUGAAGGAGAUUUUUCCUGACCAGACAUUCCCAUCUGCCAGCCAGGACAUGACGGACAGAGCUCGCCUCCGCUGGCUCGGCAGGAAGAGAAGAGAAAACUACAGGAAGAAGAGAUACGUGUUUAGUGGGAAGAAAUAUUACCUUUAGCUUGUUGAAACAAAACACAAAGAACCGUGUGUUGCCAGAGUCUUUCAGUUAAUGCAGAACAUGUUGAGGUGAAGCAAACUGUUACAAACAUUUUGUACUUUUACUUUUCCAUGAUGAAAAGCAAAUGAUGGGGAACCAGGCAGGUCAUUUAAUGUUUUCCCAGAAUUUCAGUCAUUGUUUUUAUUCUAAAGGAUUCAUACUGGUUAAGAAUUAAAUCUGCCAAAUGUAAACUGAUCAGAUUAUUUUGGAUAUUCUGAAAAAUGUUUAGUAGUAAAUGUGUCAUU